AUGGAAGGAUGUGAGGUGAUUGAUUCUUUUUCCCGUGAAUGCCUUCAGAUUCCCUUGGCGCUGAAACAGGUUUUGCCAGGUAUUCUUAGUUCACUUAUUCUCUUGCUGGUCGGACUCUUUCUGGUCUAUAUCUACCUGUCUCGGAAUGCGAGAAGGCCUCUUGCCCGUCGCUUGAGCUUUGCUUUGAUGAUUCUCGGCCUCCUACUUGGAGUUCCCAAGUUUCUGUCGCAAGUCGCAAAUCCGACUCGCUUGUCUUCAACAAAUCUGGCCCUUCAUGCGAUUUUCGCCGUGGGCGAUGUUGCAAGCCAUGUCGGCUUCGUGAUGCUCAUCUACUGGGACAUUGUGAACGAGGGCAUGCGCUUGGCGUUUGCUUUGGAUCCCAAAAAUCAGAGGCGCGGCGUGAAGAUGAGCACUGCUGCGGGGCUGAUUUGUAUGUUGGUUGAGGGCAUUUUUCUCACAAUCUUUUGGAUCUUAGUGUACGACAUGGAGGAACUUCUAGACGAAGACUGCAGAGAUGCCCGGUUUACCCUUUCCAGCACAUUUGCCCUGGUGCAAUAUGCGCUUGUGUUUGGUGCUAUACCAUCCUUAGCCUUUGGUAGGCUGCUGUGGGGUUUGCACAAACUAUGGAAGGAUCUGCCCAGGGACAUUCCACGCCACUUGCUAUACCGCCUGCGAUUUACGCAGUUGUGUCUGGCAUUGCUCACACUUCUCGGAAUUACAGAUGGGAUUGUUGGACUGGUCGUGGGGUUUAUUCCGUUCUGGACCAGCUUUUCUGGCUUCAUCUAUGACGAUGUGGCAUUGAAUUGCCUGAGCUCUCUCACAAUUUUGCUGUUGGGAAUAGAAGUCUUUCUGACGCAUCAGCAAGCCAAAAGGAGGAUCAACGGUUCGUUCCUUUUGGAGGAGGAACAAAUUCGUCAACUGAUCAAAAAUGGGGUGUCCAUCUUGGCUUCCAAGCAGCUGCGGCCGACCCUGCAACCCGACCACUUCGUGAUGCCUCCGGUGUGGGAACGGGGACUGAACCAAUGUAUUGCGGAGAGGUUCCUCGAUAUCUAUGCAGGAGAUAAGUUCAAAGGGGAAAACUUCACAAGCGAAGAUCCUGCCACCAGCUACGUGUGCAUUCAGCUGGUGAAACCUAUGACGGAAGUGGCGAGAUGCUCCAUGUGGGAAUGUCUAUCAGCAGGCUUCAUGGGCAGCCAGAAAUCAAUGGCCGUUGCUCCUGGAAAAUACCAGUACUUGGCUAAGCCAACAGUAAUGGUAAGUCACUGCUGGUCGAGUUCCUACAGAGAGCUGAUGCAGAUUCUGAAGCGCUAUGAUGAAAACACCAACAGGAGCAACUACUUCUUCUUGGAUGUCUUCAGCAUGAAUCAGCAUGAUUUUGCUGACCUUGGCUCUCGGGACAGUCAUGCGCUUCGAGACAUGUAUGACACCAUGCUGGAGGCACUCACCCAAUCAAUCAAGGUGCCCGGCUGCAUGUUGUUGGCUCUGACUCCCCAUGACCGACCCAAGAUGUUGACGAGAUCUUGGUGUCUCUAUGAGAUCUACAUCGCCUGGAAGGUCAAGGCCGAAGUUUCCUGUGGGUUCAUCCCGGAAGCCGAAGAGUCCAUUAAGCGCAGCUUGACCAAGGACGACCGCUUUAUCCGUCGCUUGCUGAGUACCAUCGAUGCCGAAGCAUCCUCGGCCACAAUGAAAACGGAUCGUGAUAUGAUCCUGCAGCUCAUCCACAGUGCCGGGAUCCAAAGGUUUAAUUCUUUUGUCCGUGAGAAGCUGCGAAAUUCCUUACGCGUCGUGGCCCUGACGACCCUGCGCGAAGUGGAGGGCGCGGGGACCGACUCUGAGGCGCUCUCACCCAGGAGCGAAGCCUCUGAACCCGUUACCCGGAGUGCCUUUGUGCACGCCGGUCAUUUUAAUCCGUGCUUUUGGGGUCGCCGUCCCAAAGUUUGUCAGAAGCAGGAAGUGCUGGAUGGUUUUGGGGACAGCAACCCUAUGUUCUUAGUGGCUCAGUUGGCCCGUGUGGCUUGCGAGGGCGCCACAGCCGCCACAGCCACCCACCUGGAGGUGGCAGUUCGCGGUGACUUUGCUGGGCAGGUUUGGCAUCUGCCACUGCCUUGUGCUCCUGCACUACCCACCCCAAAGUUGCAGUGGGAGCAGUCUUUUGAGGUUGAUGCCGCAAUGGCCUGGACGUGUGUAUGGUUCGUACUUCAAGGACUUCUGCUUUGGAAAGCGUGGAAAGGAGUGCUGGGACUCCUCCGAAGCCUUGGAGCCGCCGCUGCGCUGUUGCUGAUAUUGGACUCAAGGUCUUGUGAGACAGGAGCCAUGCCGGCACUGUCGAAGCAGGCUAUAGCCUCCUCGGUGGGUCUUCACGGUGUAGCAGCGGCACUGGCUGUGGCGGAAGGCUUGGGUUCACUGUGGCCCAGGUCAGCCCGCACGAGUGUGGCUCGGUGGAGAGGUGGGCGCCACGGUGCUGAGGUCCUGUCGCACCUUGCUGCCCUGGCUGCCCUGGUGGUUCCCCAUGGCUCCGCCUGGCAGCUAGGGCUUUUUGUGGGCCUACUACCAACAGCCUCAACAGCCUUAUUCUAUGGCUCCCAGCUGGCAUUCAAGAGGUGGAUCUUCCCAAUGGAGCUGGGUCUGGGACUUGCAGCGCUGUGCCACCUGCUGCCCUUCUUUGUCUUCAAGGAGCCAGUGCCUCUGCUGCUGGCGUUGCUAUCCUGCAGCUGGUUGCUGAGGGUGCCGAAGCUCCUGGCCAACGAGCAGGCACCUCCCUCCAGGGAUCACGAGCUCGGAGAGACAGGUCUGAUGGCGGAAGAAGACCCAGAGGAGCCGUGUCAAGUCACCAUCAAGGGUGUGAACUAUGACGUCACUUCUUUCCUGGAGGAGCAUCCUGGAGGUGCAGCGGUCUUGCUGCGUCACGCUGGGCAGGACGCCACUGAAGCCUUCCUCUCCGUGGGCCAUUCGCAGGAGGCUUGGGCCCUGCUAUCGCGCUUUCCCGUUGUGACUGGAGGCUUGGUGGCAAGACGGCCCAUGGAGUACUCGACAGUGGAACCGCCUGGAACCCAAGACCUGGCCCUCCAAGUCUUGCACUUGGCAGCCGCAUGUUUGUUGACCUUCCUCCCACGCUUCAUGGUAGAUGAUAGCGCCGCACCCAUGCAAGCACUGGACCUGAGAGGGAGCGCUGUCCCUUCUGCUCUGGGGCUGGCGGUGAUGGGCCUGGCUGCGCAGCUGCUGCUUUUCUCGCCUCCUUGGCAGGUUCCAUCUGUUCGACAAGGUCUCCAAGGUGUUUCGAUUCUUAUCUUGGCGCUUUCCUCGCUGCUGCCCUUGCGUGUUCUGUCAUUGGCCGCUGCAUUUGCUUCUGGCAUUCUCAACUACCAGGCCUCAGGCUGCCUGCGGCAGGUCCUGUCCUGGACCUUCCUGCUGCUGCAGGCUGGACCCGUGGCCUCGACAGCAGGUUGUUCCGAGACGGCAGGUUUACUGGUAAGCCUUCAGCGCAUCGGACUGGGAGGUCUUGGCGCUGGUGCUCUUCUUGGCUUAUGGGAACGCCAGCAAGGCCUGAAGUUUGCCGAUGCUGUUGCGGCGGCCCUGGUAGCCUUGCGAGUUGCUGGGAUCCUAUCGUUGAUUAGUUGGCUGCUGCUCCUGUUGAUGGGGCAGGUGCAGAUUGAGGUGGUUGCAGCCAUACGCUGCGGUGGUACUGGUUUACUACUGGCCUUGGUCAAGGCAGCACAGUUGAUGGAAAGCCCAUGGCAACUCAGCGCUGUGUGGGUGGCUGUGGUGCUAGGACCUGCUGCGACUUUGCUUGAGCUCCGACAAGGUUUGUGGAUGAUCCUCCCAGUGCUUGGUUGGCUGUUGCAUUUCCAGGGUCGGGCCGCAGCUUUGGAAAGACAGUCGUGUCCCACGGAGAACAGUGCAAGGAUACAGUUCCUAUUGGACAAUGCUCGGUCAAUGCUGGCGCUUGCAGUUUGGAACCUGCUGGGGCAGCCUUUAGCCAGGUGUGUGACUUGGCUGCUGCCGGGGAGGCUGCGUGUCUUUGCUUUUGAGGCCCCAGUGGACGAUUUGGAUGGCCUCCUCGAUCUGGGAGUUUGCCUCAUGUUGGACGGCGUCCACGGAGGUAGUGUGGAACCUUCGCCGGUGCCAGGACAUGUAGUCUGUAAUAUUGGACAUUUGCCGACUGCGGAUGAGGAUGAUCUGCGCGCCACAGUGCAGUCUUCAUUGAAAAUAAUGGAAGAACUAUCAGGAGUUUCCAGCCAGAUGUCCAAGGAACCGGCUGAGGGAGCCCCCGGCUUUGUGGCAAACCUCCUGUGUGUCUUGCCCAAAUCGGGAACAAGGGGCAGAUGGAUUCGACCCAACUGGCAGUCGUUGAGAGAGGUGAACCUAUCUGUUUGGGCCAGCGCCAAAGAUGCGCAAAGUUGGUACAGACAGUCAGAGGCACAUGCUGGCAUCGUGGCACAACAUGCGGAAGGAAAGUUGAGGACCUUUGGAAACCUCUUGAUGACUUUGGAGCCCCUGCGGGUGGCAUAUCAAAGUCGCUGUCGCGCCUGCGCGGCUCUGGUGGAAGGGUUGGCUGCAAGGUGCCAACGGUGCGGAGGGCCCACCUUUGAUCUUCCCAGCUUUUAA